AUGUCAUCUGAAGGACUCUAUUACGUGUACGCCAAGUACACCAACCAAAAGGCCACCGGUUACGAUUAUGCCAACUCUUCCUAUGGCCGCUACCUUUGCGUCUUCAGGAACAGAUGGGAGGCCGAUGAGUUCUGGCGCUUCAUGGCCACCUGGCAAUACUCCAAAGGCACCAAUUUCUUCUCCUACCUAAACCGCAACGGUCCUCAAUUCUGGCAAUUCAACGGAACGAAUGCCCAAGAUUCCUUCAUGAGUAUCCUCCAAUACGCCCAACCUCAAGGCCAGAACAUCAUGUGCACCCGCAUCACGACCUACACCAACGAAGCAGGCUGCCUCGCACUUCCCCAGCAAGCAACCGUCGACUGGACCAACGGCUGCGCGGUCUUCAUCCGCAACAAGCUCAACCCCGCCGAGUACUGGCACCUCGACGGCUCCAGCAUCCAAGUCACCAACUCAACUUACCGCACCAAGUUCGUGAUCCGCGGCACCAAUUUCGCCGCCGGCGAUACGACGGUCCUCAAUCGCUCGGAUCCGAUUACGAUUGAACUGGCGAGCAAUGCGGGAGGCUCGAACCCGCAGUAUUUGGGGCUGGUGACUGCGGAUGCGAGGUUGGUUACUACGAGUAGUCCGUAUAAUUGGUCGUUUGGGGAUUUCUUUGUGAGUUUUGGGCAGAAGACGCUAAAUAAUGAUGCCGGGACGGCGGAGCAUAUGGUUGUACGUGACCAAGCUGGUAAAGCAGUCAGCUAG